UACCACCCCGACAUGCGCUUCGCCGGCCCACCGCCCGCCAUCCCACGGGCGGAAACGACCAACACUUUCUGGUUCAACGACGCUCAAAAUACGAUCAACUCUCGUUUCGACGCAGGCGACGCGGGUCGGCCCGGCAAGGCGCGCAACCUGAUCAUGUUCCUAGGUGAUGGCAUGUCUAUCCCUACGAUAGCCGCCGCUCGCACGCUGCUGGGACAGAGGAACAACCGCACCGGGGAGGAGGCCCAGCUGUCCUUCGAAACCUUUCCGACAACUGGCCUGGUUAAGACUUACUGCACCAAUGCUCAAAUAGCUGAUUCCGCAUGUUCGGCGACUGCGUACUUAAACGGAGUUAAAGCCAACAGCGGGACGAUCGGCGUGACAGCCGCCGUGCCGCGCUACAACUGCGGCGCGUCGAUCCCCGCGUCCACCCACACGGAGUCCAUCGCGGCCUGGGCCCUCGCCGACGGACGAGACGCCGGUAUUGUGACUACCACACGUGUUACUCACGCAUCGCCCGCCGGUGCAUACGCACACGUAGCUAAUCGUAAUUGGGAAAAUGAUGCCGCUGUGCGUAGUAGCGGACAAGAUCCUAGCCUAUGUCCUGACAUCGCUCAUCAGUUAAUUCAUUCCAACCCAGGAAAACAGUUUAAGGUCAUUUUAGGCGGAGGCCGUCGAGAAUUUAUACCAUCAAGUAUUAUUGAUGAAGAAGGUACCGCUGGCAGGAGAACUGAUGGCAGAAACUUAAUACAGGAAUGGCAGGCCGAUAAGGCUGCAGGCAAUGUUAGCCACCGAUACAUAUGGAAUAGAGCGCAAUUACUCGAAGCCAAUGAAAACUUACCCCAAUACUUACUCGGUUUAUUUGAGGGAAGUCACCUUAAAUAUCACCUGAAUUCGGAUCCCAAUGAACCGUCUCUAGCUGAACUUACGGAAACAGCCAUUAGAAUGCUGAGUCGUAACGAUAAAGGGUUCUUUUUGUUUGUCGAAGGAGGUCGUAUCGACCACGCUCACCACGACAACCAGGUGGAAUUGGCGCUAGAUGAGACUAUAGAACUGAGCGCAGCCGUCGCCCGCGCCAGGGAACUUCUAUCAGAUGAUGAUACUUUACUAGUCGUGACCGCUGAUCAUGCACACGUCAUGUCGUUCAAUGGCUACAGUCCGAGAGGAAGAGAUAUACUGGGGCCUUCCAAUAGCAGAGAUUCGAACAAUGUUCCCUAUAUGACCCUGUCUUACGCCAACGGACCGGGCUUUCGUCCACAUGAAAACGAUCAAAGAGUGGACGUCACGCAAGAAGAUAAUUAUGGGUCUGUGGACUGGCGCAGCCACGUGGACGCGCCGCUGGGCUCGGAGACACACGGUGGCGACGACGUGGCGCUGUUCGCUCUCGGACCGCGGCACGCGCUGUUCUCCGGCCUAUACGAGCAGAGCCACGUGCCGCACCGCAUGGCCGCCGUCGCCUGCAUCGGGCCCAGCCGCGGCGCCUGCAACACCGCCACCACUCACUACCCAGCCUUCUAUCUUGUUUUGCUUGUUGCUGUUAUUACGCGAUACGUCGUUACAUUGUAA